GGCAGCGUCGCCCCGCCCCCUCCGUCCUUUAGCGCUAGAGCGCGCGCGCGUUCUCUGUGUCCCGUCGUCCGCCGCAGUCAUGGCGGCCCCGGGUGCUCCGCUUGAUGAAGACUGGGAGGAUUUUAACGAAUUUAAAGCGGCCGAUUCGACCACCAGCUGGACCGCGGCACCGGAGAAUUCACCGCAGAUCCAAAGCUUCGCAUCCUUCGACGAGACGCUGAGCGCGAGCUUCCCUCACUCCAGCAGCUCGUGCACGAGCGUCUCUGUGCGCGCCGUGAGUGAGCACGAGCUUCUGCGCGACGACGAGAUAUGGAAUGCUCUGACAGAGAACUAUGGCAAUGUGAUGCCAGUAGACUGGAAAACCUCUCACACUCGUUCACUACACCUGCCCACACUGAACCUCCGACCUCAGGAGACGGUGGAGGUCCGUAAUCUUGACGUGUCUGAUGACGAGGAGCUCAGGGAUCAGAUGGACAUGCACACGAUCAUCAUAUCCUGUGUGAACGAGGAGCCGCUGUUUACUGCAGAACAGGUCAUAGAGGAGAUUGAAGAGAUCAUGCAGGAGUCUCCAGAUGACGAGGAACACGAGAGUCCAUCUCAGUUUGACCUCUCCAUGAUGUCACAUGAGUUACACACACUCACACACUCUACAUCCAACAGCAGCUGCGAGGAACGGUUGCGUGGACUGUGUGUGUCUGAGCUGUUGGAGCGUCUCGAGGAAGUGGAGCGACAGAUCCGUGGUUUCUCAGAGGAGCUGAUCGAUCAGCUGGCAGUGAGGGAGGAGCUGGAAUAUGAGAAGGAGGUGAAAAACACGUUCAUCUCGGCAAUCAUCGACGUGCAGAACCGACAGAAAGAGCAUCGAGAGCUGCUGAAGAAAAAGAGAAAGAUAAAGACCACAGGAGGAGUGCAGAGAUCCGACCGCUCGCAUGUGCCAGGAACCUAUUUGACGACGGUGAUCCCGUAUGACAGGAGCAGUGGAGCGCCGUCUGUAGAAGACCUGCAGAUCCUGACCAAGAUUCUUCAUGCCAUGCGUGAGGACAGCGACACGGUUCCUGCUCUUCUGACCGACUACAUCCUCAAAGCACUGGUGUGAGAGAUCAGGAGACAGAGUGUUGUGUCCCACAUAGAGUUUCCGGAACUGAAAACCAGCUAAUAUCAUCGGUACAUUGGACAUCUGAUCAUCUGCGUCUCUCCAGAUGAUGUUCUUCUCUAAUAAUGCACAGAAUUUGCGCCACCAGUGGCAUUUAUUUCUCAGUCUGAAUGUGUUUGUGUAGAUGUUAUUGUGUGGGAGCUUGAGUGCAGUAUUUAGUUUAUUCCUUAAUGCAGUUCACAUUUCAGUCAUGGUCAACUAGAUUCAACUAGUUUCCUCUAGCUGAUAUUUUUUUCGUCUCAGUGCAGCUGUCAUAACUCAUGCAUGUUUGCGUCAUAUUCAGAUGAGUUUGUUGUAGUGCAGAUCUAGAUGCAGGAUUUCGCUCUUGUGAUCUUACCAUUAGAUGAAAUGAGAUUUCAGGAAGUUUUGAGCUGCUGAUGGCUUUCUUAUGAUUUGAAAGCAAAGGCAGGGAAAAAUAUUUGUGUAGGUCAUUUAUGUAGCUGUAAAAUCAUUUCAGAAUGAAAUCGUGCAGUCACAGCUGAACAGAUUUAGUGGUACUUUAUUGAUAAACAACAGAAUAAUAAUAAUAAUAAUAUUUAAUUUCAUUGCCACUUACUAGAUGGUCUUUGUUCUGUUUGGCCAGCUUUAGGGUUUGUGCUUCUAACAUCUCUAUGACAGUAUUAAUAUAACACAAUUGUGAGAAGCGAACGGCACAUGUGUUUGCUCCCAGUUGAGGUCAAAUCUGUGAUGAUGUGAGAUAUCAGCAGUGGAGGAAAGACAAGGUAUGAAGAGCUAAAACACUCAUAAAGAGAUAAACACGUCUGUCUGUCUUCACUGAGGUCCUGUAACAAGAAUGAAUGAUUGUCUCUGGCUGAUAAGUCUUUGUUGAAACCUAUCGGAGGUGAUAUUUUUGUAUGUGUGACUGUAAAAGCUGAAUGAUAUGGAAGCUUGUUUCCACCACUAAAUUAAAAAAAUAAAAAGGUAAUUGCGACUUUUUAUCUUACAAUUCUGACUUUUUUUGCUCAGAAUUGCGAGAUAUAAACUCACAAUUGUGUUAUAAAGACAGAAUUGCGUUUUAUAAAGUCAGAAUUGCGAGAUAUAAACUUUUUUUUUUCUCAGAAUUGUGACUUUAUCGCGCAGUUCUGACUUUAUAACACAAUUGUGAGUUCAUAUCUCACAAUUCUGACUUUAUAACUCGCAAUUCUGACUGUAAUACAAUUCUGACUUUAUAACACAAUUGUGAGUUCAUAUCUUACAAUUGUGAGUUCAUAUCUCACAAUUCUGACUUUAUAUCACACAAUUCUGACUUUAUAACACAAUUGUGAGUUCAUAUCUUGCAAUUCUGACUUUAUAACUCGCAGUUCUGUCUUUGUGUUAUAAUUGUGAGUUUAUAUCUCACAAUUACCUUUUUUUAUUUUUUAUUUCAUGGCGGAAACAAGUUUCCAUAGAAUGUUGUUUUUGAUGGAGAGUUUAUAUUGUGUUCCCGCAGAUGCACAACCUUAAAGGAUUAUUUCACUCAAAAAUAAAAAUCUGUCAUGUAUUCAAAUCAUUCCAAACCUUUAUUUCUUCCAGGGAAAGGUGAAAAAUAUUCCGGCAUCAUAAAAGAGGUCCGUACGGAUCAUGUGCCAUAUUCCAAAUCUUCUGAAGUCAUUUGAUAGCUGUUUAUCUUUGUGUUCCAUGAAAGAAAGUCAUACGAGUUUGGAACAGCAUUUUUUGAGUGAACUAGUCCUUUAAACUCAGGUGGCAAUUUCUGCAUGUGAGGACAAAAACAUCUCACGUCUCGGUCUAAAUCAGUCUGUUCUGUGGGGGGAAACCCAUCAACACUUGUAGGAUGUUCAUUUGUUUCAUCAGUCAGUUGUGCUGUUUUGCAUGUUAAUGCAAGUCAAGCACUUUACUGUCUCGUGUCCCAGAUGAACAUGCAUCCUCGCAUUAAAAGGGUCGAUGAUGUUUUCAUGUUUGUAAAGCAUUCAGAACGAAAAAGUCGUUGCACGCACUUUCAAUUGAUCUAAAAGGGAACGAUUUUGCAGAACACGACAUUUGCAUUAUAUAUUGAACUACAGCUCUUGUUUGUGUCGUCAGGUUGUCGUGGCCUGAUUCUGAGAAACAUUAGCAGUGCACAGUAAAUCAGGGUACACGUACUAUAGUAACUAGAGAUUAUAUAUUUAUACAAGCAAUAAUGUAACGCUGCCUUUUUGGAUGCAUGAAAUUUUGUACCUUAUUUUUAAUGCAACAUUAAUGGUCCUUUUGAAUUAGUAUUUUAUAAUGCAUUGUAUGUAGCAGGGCAGUUUUCAAAUAAACGCAUCUGUUCUGUUCAUCAAACCUGCAGUGCGUUUGUGUCUUUCAGUGAAGAAGUUGUCUUUGUGUGCCUCUCACGGGCCGGAUUCAUGAGAAUGUUUUUAAGAAAAUAAUUGUAGAAUGUAAUUCUUAAAUGUUCAGUAUACUAUCCUUAUCAUGGGGUUGCUUGUCUAAUGCAACAAAUUUAUCUUUACACUGUUAAAUCUUAAUAAAUUUGUCCUUUAAUCAGU